AUGUCUUCCCUCGAGGCCAAGAUUGUCGUUCUUGGCGCCCAAAAUGUGGGCAAGACAUCGCUCGUCAUGCGCUACUGUAGAGGCGCAUUUAACCCUGCCCAGAUCACGUCCACCGUCGGCGCCAGCUUUCUCACCAAGCGCGUCGUCGACACGGAUAGCGAUACCGUUGUCCGGCUCCAGAUAUGGGACACAGCCGGCCAGGAACGAUUCAGAUCCAUUUCCCGAUUAUACUACCGCGGCGCCAACGCCUGCAUACUCUGCUACGACAUAACCGACGCACAGUCGUUUGUCGACAUGGGCGUUUGGCUGACCGAGCUCCGGCAAAACCUGCCCCACGACGUAGUGCUACACGUUGUGGGCACAAAGGCCGACAUUGUCGCCCGCGACCCCUCGGCGCGCCAGGUGCCCUUUGAGCGCUGCAUCGCAUACGUCGCCGAGAACUUGGCCCCCGGCCUCGGCAGCACCCCGCCGCCUACAGCCACAGCCUCAACGGCUCCCUACGGACACACGAGCCUGCCGUCUGCCAGCCCCGUUGGCGAGCCGCGCAGCCCCAGCUCCAAGCGCAGCUCCGGCUUCUGGGGCCAAGAGGUGGGCUGGGACGCGUGCCACGAAAUCAGCGCCGAGAGCGGCGAGGGCGUUGAGGAGGUCUUUCGCGUCGUCGCCCGCAAGCUCGUCGAGCAGAACCGCAAAAUGCAGCAGGAGUUGCUCCUCGCCACCGCCCUGCCCGGCACGCCAGGCUACCUCGAGGGCAUGGACGGCAGCUACUUUGACGGCCGCGACCACAAGGGCAGCUUCCGCGUUGGCCGGGACCGCAGGAGCUGGCUCUUUUCGCCAGCUUUUUCGCCCGCCAUUACGGUGGACCGUCCCGGGAGCGAGGACACUGACCGGCGCGACGAGGCGCCCACACCAAGGUCGAGGUGUUGCUAA